GCGCGGGCGGGCGUGCCCCGGAAGCAGUUCUUUGGCCGGUGACACGUAGCAACAGGGCUCCUGCAGGGUCUGGAACUGAGUUUGGGGGGUUACUAGGGGCCGCUGGAGCUGCAGCCGCCGGCGGCGGAGCGUUUGAUCGUUGGCCAUGUCAGGCUUUGAUAACUUAAACAGCGGUUUCUACCAAACAAGUUACAGCAUCGACGAGCAAUCUCAGCAGUCCUAUGACUAUGGAGGAAGUGGAGGACCCUACAGCAAGCAGUAUGGUGGCUAUGACUACUCGCAGCAAGGUCGAUUUGUCCCUCCAGACAUGAUGCAGGCACAGCAGACAUACACUGGGCAGAUUUACCAGCCAACUCAGGCCUAUCCUUCAACUGCACCUCAGACGUACUAUGGAGACAGCUUUGAGGAGGAGCCUCCUUUGUUAGAAGAGUUGGGUAUCAAUUUUGAUCACAUCUGGCAAAAAACACUAACGGUGCUGCACCCCCUGAGAGUGGCUGACGGCAGCAUUAUGAAUGAGACCGACCUGGCAGGGCCCGUGGUGUUCUGCCUUGCCUUUGGAGCCACACUGUUACUGGCCGGCAAAAUCCAGUUCGGCUAUGUAUAUGGGAUCAGUGCAAUUGGAUGUUUAGGAAUGUUUUGUUUGUUAAAUUUAAUGAGUAUGACAGGUGUCUCAUUUGGUUGUGUGGCAAGUGUCCUGGGGUAUUGUCUUCUUCCCAUGAUCCUGCUGUCCAGCUUUGCAGUGGUAUUUUCUUUACAAGGAAUGGUAGGAAUUCUUCUCACUGCGACGAUCAUUGGCUGGUGUAGUUUUUCGGCUUCCAAAAUUUUUAUUUCUGCAUUAGCCAUGGACGGACAACAACUUUUAGUGGCAUAUCCUUGUGCUUUGUUGUAUGGAGUCUUUGCCCUGAUUUCCAUCUUCUGAACUGAUUUGUCUGGGAUGUGGACAUCAGUGGGCCGAACUCACCCAAAGGACCUUGGACUCUUCAGAUUGGACCAGCAAAGCACUGCAGUGCAGCUCGCUCAUGCCGAUGACCAGUAGCCUGGAAGCAGCAGCAGGAGACAAGUCUUUCGUUCAUUGGUACAGGACAGUUGACAUUGUGUGCAGUCCCUGCAGAUGACUAGUUCUGCGUGCUUGUUCUUACACAGCUAAGAAGUACAAUUUCUUUCCUGAUCCUGCAGUCUUUGACAAACAACUCUUUUCCUCACAAAUUAUAUUAUGAUGUUUUUGAUAGAUUUUUACCAAAUGGGAAACCAACCACAAAGCUGAUAAUCUUUCCCCAAAACAAUCCAGUUACAGUAAAGAAGAAACAAGUCUUAUUGCAGAAAUAUUUUUCCAAGGAAUUAGGAAAGAAAAUGCUUGCAGUAUCCUCAAGUUAAGUGCACUGAAGUAAAGCUGAACAAACAAAAUCCCAAUGCAGAGCUUUCUGAGUUUACGCUUCAAAUAUUUGACAUUCCUAUAAAUUGUCUCAUGAAAUCUGUGCUGAAAUUCAGAGAUACAAGCAGUUCACAGUCUACCUUGUGGAGAUGAAAUGUGAACAGUUAUUUAGACAUUAGGGUCAACUAAUCUGGACUGGCCACAUGAUGCUUAGUUUUGUCCACAUGUCCCAGGAAGAAGAAAUCACUAACCUUUUUUUUUUUAUUAUUGAGAAAAAAA